GUACUGAAAGCGGUCGAAGAGAACGAGUCUCACUAAGUAUAUGGGACUUUGCCGGACACGACAUAUACUACACAACCCAUCAGGUGUUUCUGACAUGGCGAGCCAUUUAUGUGAUUGUCUUUGAUCUCAGUAGAAGUUUGGAUUCUGUCGUUCCUCAUGAAUCCAGAGACGAGUAUUAUGCAAUGGCUAAAGGAGGUGCCAAAUCAGAACUGACAUGUCUAGAGUUCAUCAAUUUCUGGUUGUGUUCCAUCUUCACCCAUGCUGUGGCACCCUCCUCGGUCAGGAGUAAGAAUACGUCUAAAACAGCCCAGAAAUCUCCACCAAUAUUCAUCGUUGGAACCCAUCGAGAAAGUGUGAAAGGAGAUGCAAAAGAGAAAAAGAAAAAGAUUGGCUCUGCCUUUAAGAAGAUCCGUGAACAUAUCAUGAAGAAGCCGUUUGAAUGCCACGUGGUCCCCAAGUAUUACGCCAUUGAAAACAGCUUAGAGGACAAAGAUGAAGAGCUGGUCGCGUUGAGGAGACAUAUUGAGAAAGUAGCGAUGGAAGAACCUUACAUGGGAGAAGAGAUUCCACUCAGAUGGCUCUUAUUUGAGGAAGCUCUAGCUGCAGAUAAAAUCAACUACAUGUCAUUAGAUCAGACCAAGGAACUGAUGCAGCCAGUCAUGAUGAAUUCAGAGCAUGAACUUCUCACGAUGCUGACCUUCUACCACGACCUGGGUUAUGUAGUCUACUACGGAGGCAUUGGAGACCAGCAGUCUCUUCUAAAAGACAUGGUGAUCCUGAAUCCUCAGUGGCUAAUUGAUGUCUUCAAGCAGGUCAUAACCAUCCUGGAUCCUGCAAAGAAGUUGUCCAAAGAGGCUGAGAGACGAAGCACAGAGAGCGAGGGUACACUCAUUCAAAGUGGAUGCGAUGAUGCCAGAAGGUCGCUUACCAUAGCGCGUGAUGGAAUCAUGAAUGAUGCUUGGACCACUCUUCAGAAGGAUGGUAUCUUAGAGGAUAGGUUGAUUCAGUAUAUGUGGCAAGGUUUUUCAGAGCAUAAGAAGGCCUUAGUCCAGCUCAUGGCCAAGUUUGAUCUCAUCUGCGAGGCUCCGGUAGAACGACUCCAGCAAGAGCAACAGGAUGGAGUAGACACUGAGAAGCGCUACUAUGUUCCUUCCAGGCUGACGUCCGAAUUCCCCCCAGACGAGUUUGCACAGAUCAAAACUUCUACAGAUUUUUACGUGGACUUCAGGGGCUUCUUACCAGAUGGGCUGUUUCAUCGGUUGAUGACGAGAGCAGUCAGAUGGAUGGAUGAAAGAAAUGGAGUACCAGUCAAUCUUUUCCAUCGUCACAUCAGUCUAAUGGUUGAUGAAGUGCAUUGUGCCUUACUAGAGAUGUUACCUCCUCUUGAAGCAACUAUCAAGGUCACUGUAUUCCGAGGAGCGGUUGCUGAUUCAGAUCACGAUGGGGAUAGUCACAAACCUCCAGCCCCAAGUGCUGUCAGAGAAGUGAUGGACUUUGUAACGGAAACCCUUGAUAGCCUUAGGCAGCACUGGGCUAGGAUGAUCGAGUAUGAUGUCUGCUUUCUGUGCCCGAAGUGCAGUAUGAAGAAAUUGCUUAAAGACUGCUACAAGGGAAUGUCACUCAAUUGUGGAAUACAUAUCAUCCCUACGGCUGCAAUCAGGUUCAAGUUUGGUAUGAGUGUGGAAGGAGUGGAGCCAGGGAACGAAAGUCCAAUAAGUAUGAGUGUGAAAGGAGUUGAGCCAGGGAACGAAAGUCCAAUAAGUAUGAGUGUGAAAGGAGUGGAGCCAGGGAACGAAAGUCCAAUAAGUAUGAGUGUGAAAGGAGUGGAGCCAGGGAACGAAAGUCCAAUAACUUCCAAGGAAAGCAUCAAAUCGGUCCCCCAUUUAUUUCACGUAUGAUAGAUCUGAUAGGAGCACUGGCAAAACCUUGGAUAUUAGCUACUAUCAAGCAUAGCGGAUAUGGACUACAUCAAAGAGGUCAACCUUAGAGCAGAGCAGUGCAUCUAUACUGUGCUACAACUAUGGAAAAAACGAUUGUCAUGUAUGAAUGAGGGGAAGGUGGAGAAGCUUUACAUGGCCAUGAAUAGCUGUAGCAUGACAGAUCUUGCAGAUAAAGUAAAAAAAGACGAAGGAAUCUGCUAAAUUUCACAUCCAUUGGACAUUGUAUUGAGGGACAGCUAGAUAACUACUUGCGUUUCGCCCUAGUUUUUCAGAGAAGCCACUUAAUAUGGUAGCUAGGGAUAUAUCGAGUAGGCAUCAUGAUAUUAUCACUUUAAUAAUCUUCCCUUCCAAUAUUGGUGCCAAUCCAUUGCAUGAAUAUACGUGGGACUAAAACUGAUAGGAAAGUGCCUUCUGUACUGUGUGCCUGAUCUCAUGUACAGUGUCAUGGUAUAGUGGUUCAUACACUUAAGGCUAAUCAAUCCAAGGGUUGGGGGUUCAAAGCUUGGCAAGACAUAAUUAAUCCACAUUUGCCUCACUCUACCCAGGUGUAAGUGGGUACCUAGUAUUUGCAGCAGGGGGAAUAUAAUUGCAGGACCCUCAGGAAGAACAGAAUUGAUGCUUAUGAGGCUUUCCUGAGUAAACAAGAUCAUUAGAAGUAUUAUGUUGAUAUUCAUAUGCAUAUACAGUCUGAACAACAUCUAAAUACUGGAAGGUGUAGUUUACAAAAUACAUCAUUCAGGAAAAGAUAUUCGCCUUCAAGUAAACUUGAUUGAAAGGGUGGAGUGUCGGGAGGUUACCAGAUCAUGAGUACUUGUGGAAAAUAUCGCUCUGAUUAACCUUUUCGGGACAGGAUAUAAUUUUUGGGCUAAAUUGAUCACAUAUUGUUCUUCAAAUCGGCAACAAUAAUUUUGUUUAUCACUGCAAUGAUAGAUCAUGAGUACUAUUGGAAAAUACUGCGUUGAUUAUAAAGACAUCCAAACACUCUAAGAUUUCAGGUUGAUCUUCAUGUUGAUGUUUCCUAAGGAAUAAUUUUUCAAGAGACAUCUCUCAAAUUUAAAAACAUUCCAAAACACUCUGAAUCUGAAAAUAAUAUUGCUUAACUCUCAUGGUGGAGGUAAAUGAGUUGGACUAGGUGUGCGCUCACUGAAAUGCUGGUGUACAUGAGCCUUGUAUACAUCAGGAUUUGAAUGUAUAUCUAUGGAUGGUGGUAAAGAAUUCUAGCCUGUAAGUGUUUUCACAGUUGUAAACUUUUGAUCUGUGAUUGUCAAAAAGUGUAUGAAUAAUCUUUGAUGUUCAUGUAUGAAUAAUUUGUUUCAUAUUGAUUAUUUUGGAAAAGGUAUUAAGAAACCAUAUCGCAGCUCAAGCUCUUAAUUACAUGGAAUUUAUACAUUGUACAAAGUCAUAGAGAUAUAGAGUAAAAUAAAAUGUGAUACGCAAUUUGAUUUACAUUUUUUUGACAAAAAUUGUCAUUAUAAAACAAAAUAAGCAAAGAGAUGCACAAAUAUCAAAACUUACCAAUUUCUUUAUGGUGAGCAAAUGGUGGGCAAGAUCAAAGGCUUUGAAAAAAGUCUUCAGAGGGACCGUUGAUAAAGAUCCUGCUCGAUUUGCUUGUCUCUGCUGAGAGUUGAGGGCAUCUACGAGGCAACGCGUGGUAGAUAGGGUGGGGUACAGACAUAAACGUAUGAAGGUCACAAUUCAAGGUUAUUCUCACAUUAAUUUGUGAGAAGCAGGUGUAAAAUGAAAAACGAAAAAUGAAAACAAAAAAACUCUUGGAAAUGGAGCGAUUAUUCAAACCCAAGGGCUUAGGAAGAAAAACAUGCAUGAACUGAAAUACAUUAGCAAACGGGGUCGUUGUUGUUUUUUGUGAUUGGGCAUUCUUUCUAUACAGAGAUGUACAUGUUUCCUACUUGUAUAAGUCAAGUGGUUUGAAAAAAACGGCUGCAGAUGUGAAGGUUGUGGGUUCAAUCCCAGCGAAAACAGUGCUAUCCUUUGGCAACGCAUUAAUCCGCAUUUACCGCUCUUAACUCGGGUGUAUAUAAUUACGUACUAGGGUUUAUUCAUUGAAACGAAAUGAUGAUGGCUGCAUGAGUCAUAAGCCAUAAUCUUUAAUUGCAUUGUGAAUGAGCUUUACAAAAAAUAAGAAUCAUGCUGCGCUUAACUUGUUUGCUGUAUAAUUCAUUAUGAAUUUACUAGACUUUAGUGUAAUGAGUAAGUAUUUUACUUGGCAUUUACUUAGCUAUUAAAGUAUUACAUAUUUAUUCAAUUCACUACUUGGAUUUAAUCAGUAUUUUACUUAGCAUUUACUUUAAUAUUUAACUAAUAUUCAGAUCACAUGUGAGCAUUUUACUUGAGCAAGCCGGUUUUCAGGUAGAAAAGUUACUGAUAAUCAUUGCAACAGAAAACGAUGUGAUUGAGAAAAGCCAUCUGAUUGCCUCAACGUGUACUUUCAAAUGAAAUGAAAUGAAAUGACAAUAAAUUACCCCCAACCCUGACAAUCACCCCUAAGACAAUAAGUUGGUUUUAAUAAAAGCAGAUUUUUUUCGGGGGUAAUUGUCUUCGGGAGGGGAAAUGGCAGUGGCGGAACCAGGUAAA